AAUCAGCCAGUGACAAAUACAGAAUUGGUUCUUAAGAAGUUAGAAACUGUAGCAAAUCAUUGCUGUUGAUUUCAAGGGUUUUUGUGAGUUCCAACAAACGCUUUUUCAUUUUUAGUUUUUAUAAAAAUGGGAAGGUUAACGACGUAGCCAAAUAUUGCGAGACUUGGUUGCCAUGACGUCGUCAACAUUAACAGAGGAACAGUCACUGGAGACUCACUCCGUCAUGAAAGAGCAGCAGGCAUAAUAUAUUUUUUUAUAACUGUCUCUGGAAAUAGAAUGUGGAAUGGCAAAAAGUCCACCACGCAUCUGGCGGAAACCAGGGGCGGGGAGACCAUUAUACCACCUGCCUUGGCUAGACUCCUGCUUGGAGGAAACUCUGCUGCCUGGCAAACCAUGGCAUAAAGUUUAUAACAGGCUGGGAGCUGCUCUUGCUCAUGAACUCGAAACACAGCUGAGAGACUCUCCCCAAAGCAAGUGCUCAUGGGAGCUUCUUGGAGGCCAUUUCCUGCAGACCUUCUUGCCUGUAUUUGCUAAUCAGGCAUGGCAUUCGUGUCCUGAGGGUGAGGGGGCAUCUGUGGAGGGAGAGAUUCAUAAGCUGGUCUUCCUCUGCAAGAGAGCCAUGGAGAGCAGCCGUUGCCAGUGGAGUUCCGAUGGCAGCCAUGUUGCAGCCUGCCGAGAGAUGAUGGAUUUUGUCAGCGAUACCUACAACCUGGUGGCUUUUGAGAUGGAGCACAUGCUGGCUGUGGAGGAGAGAAAGCAUCAAGAACAGGAGGAGCUGGAUGUGGAGGAGGUGGACUCUGCCUGGGCGAGGAGACGCCUCCAGUCUGUGGAGAGCAGAUACCUGCACCUGAGCAUGCGCCGGAGUUCCGCCUGUCGGAGCAGUAAUACAGAGCCAGGGGUGCAGUGUGCCAGCCCUACACCCCGGCUGUUACACUGCGUGGAGAGCGAGGUGCUGGGAGGGGCCAUCUCCAUGGUGCUGACCUCUGACCCUGGACGAAUGCAGGAAGUGUGCAAGAGGCUCGGUGGCCGGAUGCUGACAGUCUCCCUGCGCAGAUCUGUGUGGUUAGAGAAGCUGCUGAGGUUACAGCCGUUCAGUUCUGACUCCACCUGGAGCCUGGAGAGGAGGGAGAGGGAGCGGUUUGGCCGGGCUGUGGAGCGCAGAGUGGCCACUCUGAAACUGAGAAGCGCCACUCACUCUCCUGUCUCAGGCCUAAUUGAGAAUGCUGUGGUGGAGGCCUAUGAACAAACCCCUUGCAUGCAGGCUUUUGCCACUAGUGAGCGGAUGAUCAGUGAGAGCUGUAAGGCCUUGAAUAUUCUAUAUGUGCACAGUGGGGUGUACCAGCCUUGCCUCGUCCACUGGCUGUUUCCCCUCCAGAUUGCAUUUCAACAGACCGCCACCAAAGCCGAACACUGCUACGAGCUGUCCAUGUACCUGCACCUGCUGACUCAGAGGCUUUUUCCGAGCGCAGAGGAGGUCCUGGCCAUGGGCGAGUCUGUGAUGAGGCGUCUGCAGGAGCAGGACCCCAAUCUCCACACUCACUUACAGCACUGCGCCUCCACCAACACACUCCUGGACCCCAAGGAUUAUGCUAUUGAGUGUCUGGCACGAGAGAGGGAGAAGGUUCUGGAAGCUCUGGGCAUCACCGGCACAUCCAACGGACACCUGGCCGCCACUAGGAAGCUCCUGGAGAAUCCUGCAGUCUUCCUUCGCAAAUGGAUUGGAGAGGGCUUGGUGGGUGUGCUGGACCUGCCUGCGGUCCUGCUGGUCUGGGAUCAGCUCUUCAUGCAGGAUGGGAGCAGGAGAGUGAUGGAGGAUUUCUGCCUCACCCUGCUGCUGCUGCUCCGGAAGGAUCUGCUUUCUGCCUGCGAUUACCCAGGCAUGAGAGAGGUGCUGUUGGUCCAUGCCAGCCACCUGCUCACGGCUGACAUUCAGCGGGCUUGGAUUCACCUGCAGCAGGGGGGUGUGGCAGACGACAUUCCAGGGUUUAACAGAUCAGACACAAGGUUUCUUUGUGGACCCUUUCCACAGGAGUCAGCACUACAUGGCCUCUUGCAGCUGGGGUCUGAAAUCCAGGUUGCUGUUUUUGACCCUUCCAAAGAAGCCCCAAGCUUGGAAAAAACUGUGGGUAAUCUGUCUUCUGAAGAAUCUUCAUUUCUGUAUCCCCCCUGGACCGCCCACAAUCCUUCACUCUCUGUUCCUCACCAAUCCACUGUCCAACAGCCUUUUGACCUAUAUAUUGACUCAGUUCAUUACAUCCCUGACAAUGCCACCAUUAUAAAGGUGAUAGGCCGGUUCCUGCGCUCAGCGUUUGAGGACCUGCCUGACAUCGUGGCUCUCCCAGACCUCAGCUCUCCAGCCAGGAGCCCACAGUUCCACUUUCACCUGACCGUGAAUCCAAGCAGCCAGAUGACCUUUGACCCCAACAUGCUGCUGCUGUUGCAAGUGCAAACCGUCUGUGUUGACACUGGAGAGCUGCUUUUGAUAGGUUGGCCUAAAACAUCUGUUCAGACGAUACCCGUCAGUGCUGCGAAAAUUUAUUUUCUGUUUCCAGGAAGCUGCAUCAUGCGGGUGUUUGAUGACGAGGGCAGGCUGACCGCUGGAGGGCACCAGUGCCCGCUGCGCCCAGGGGUGCCACUGAAGGAGGAGGCCCUGCUCACCGAGUCCGCUCUCCAGCAUCAGCCUGCGGUUCCCAGCACCACCGUCCUGUCCCGACUGUUACCCCACACACCCGAGUUUGUGCCAGCUCCGGACUACCGGAGCGGAUUUUAUUUCACUGACCGUGCCAAACCUAACAGAUCCGAACUGGAAAUAAUCUCCUCGUUCCGAAGGGACAGAAGCUUCCCUGAGACUGUGCAGGAGAUGGUGAAGGAACAGGCGGAGAAGGAGGGGGCUGAUGUUUCUCCUGAGCAGGCCCCAGCAUGGUUGGAGCACAGGCUUGGUGCUAGCGAGGGGAUGCUAUCCCAUCCGUCCCCAGCCCACCUGCCCGUGCUGCGGAUGGUGCGCUAUCGACAGCAGGCUGGAGUCCGCGUCCGAGUCACACAGGCCUUCGGGCUCCCCGGUGGCCUGUAUGUGAAUGCAUUCAGCAAGGUCCUGAAAGGAUCAGGCACCCUCCAGGUCCCGGAACGUCCCCAGGGCUGGGGUGGGGAGGAGAGCUUCCUCACUCGUCGCCAUGACUUCAGCAGUCUUCAGCGAGCCCCUCGGUGGACCGACCAAUCCUCCGUCCUGCACCCGUAUCUCGACCCCCAUACGGUCCUGCUGGUCAGGCUGUUUGCACUGGACGCAGUGUACCGGCCUGACCCCAGUGGCCAGGGGUGUGGCACAGUAUCUGCUCAAACCAGGGGCCGGCUGUCUCAGCUUGCAUGGACUGUCAUUCCACUGUUCGAAGGGCCUUACGCGAGCAGUAGGACUCAUUAUGCACCAUUGUUCCAGGGCUCCCCAGGCAAGGGGUUUCUGGGGUCUGUGAGUUCCUGUCCGGUGGAAGAGGCCACAGCGGGACACUUAAAGAGCCGGACCGUGAAGCUUUUGAAAGGCGCUGCGAGCGUGGCAGUACAGGUCUGGGAUGGGCAUUAUCUUGACGAUGAACGUCCCGAUCUGCCUGUGCUGGAUAGCCUUCUGCCUGUGGACAAAAAGAAGAAAUUCCUGAAGACUCAGUCCAGCAGGUCAGGACCGGAGAUGUCCCAGUUGGUCCUGCAGUCUCUGAGUCGUAAGAUCAGGAGGAAGGGACGGGGAGGUGCAGAGUACCAGAGAGAGGAGUCCUUCUACGAGGAGGCCAUGGGCUCCUCCUUCUGCUCUCUCAUGGACACCUCACUGAUGGAUGCAGGCUGUGGACCUCUCUGAAGUAGGCAAGGGCCAUGAACUCAAGCAGAAAUAUGUGCGUUUCAUUUAUCAGCACAAACAAUCAGCUGAAUUGAUCCCAUGGCAGAAGAAUGGUAGUUGAUCAGUUUGUUAUGCUGAUUUCUAGAAAUUCCAGAAAUUAUUUUGAGUGAUUUUUUUGCAUUUAAACCAAAGGGUGGGUUUUUAAAGAAUGAAUGUGCUCUACAGCAGCCUUUGGGGAGAGAGGGUGUUUAAACACUGGUGGCAGUAGUAGCUGCAGUUGGUUUGUGCUGCGUUCCUCUGAAGCCAGUGGGUGUCUUACUGCAUGGUGAGUCAUAGGUUCUGCUCAGUGAUGUCAUCAUGUUCGGUAGAAACGGCUUUUUGGGAGAACAGAAUGUUGUCUGAGAAAAGAGCGACACAUGCGACUUAUAGGUGAAUGUUGCUUAUACGUGUGCAUUACCUGGGUGUUAUAUUACCAAACAAUGCUGUUUGAGGCUUGUGGUGAUUUUUCAAUUCCGUAAAAAAGGUAACCCACCUACUAUCCCUGUAUGCCCAUGUUAACAUGUCUAAUGUAAUAAAUACAAUAUUUCCAUUCA